AACAUCUACACCAAUCCAAGGUAAAAAAAUGGACUUCUUUAGAGAACUGAGAGAGCUACGAGGUAACCAGGGCAGAGAGGAAGAAGAGGAGGGGGUAAUAUCUGUAGAGCCUAUCGUAAUGAUAGUUCCGUCGGCGCUGCAAGACUUGUUGGAAACGUUAACGCCUGAGAGCAACGCCAGUUUGAGCGCUAAGGACAAUGGUGGCGAUCACCAUACUUCAUUGUCCAGCAGCUCGUCCUUUGAGGAGACACCUGGCCGCAAAGAAGGGACAGGGGAUGUGGUUGGCAAUAACCCAGAUCUGCCCGUGGUUGGAGAAUGGGAAAAUAGGGUACUCACGGGCAGAUUGAGUAACCUAUGCAAGGCGCCCAAGGACCUGCCCGUUGGAUUUAGAUUCAGGGUGGCGCUUCAUCAUGAAGUAGCAGACAGCGUGCCCUCAAUAAGUGGUGUCAUAGACGGGCUGGAUACCAGUGUACGUGGAUCACUUGGAUGCCGGCCUGCGGUUUCCCUUGCUCGGGAUAAUAUUCGAUCUGCUGGCGGAUUACGAGCUGGCUCUGACGCAGCUGAUGCCGAACAGCAUAAGGUUCAUCAUAGGCUUUAUGCUGUUGUGUGCGAGGUUGGAGAUACCUGCGAAGGCGAUAGUGUUCAUGUCGCUGUUCUAAUGCCGGCUGUGUCCAAACUCCAGAGGGGGGCACUAUCCGAGUCCAGGGUCUGUUGGUGCGACCUGGGACUCUUCAGCUCGUCAAUGGAUUUCUGUACGUCCCGUAGCUGCCUUUCAAGGUUUGCAUUCUUCCUCAUCAGUUCUUCACUAUGUUUGGACGAGCUAGGCUCGUUAUUUAACUUCCCACUUCCCCUUGGUUUGGUCGGUACUAUUAUAUUGCUCAAAGCGAGGGAGUUUCAAGUUAUAACAACAUCAGCUGACUGUGCCUCCUUGUUCAGCAAAGGAAUUAGUGGAUCAUCAGGGAUUAGAUGGGCAAGGAUUUUACCCAUUGCCAUUUCGAGAACUCUGGUUCUCUCUUCGAGCUUGGUUGUCCGAGCAGGCUCAGUUGACCUUUCAGGUCGUUCAUGUUGUGAAUUGUGUGGUCUGAGAUGUCUUUGCCUUGUUCCUGUUGGAAUUUGGAAUUGUUCAGGUUGAGUUGCAUACCCAGUUGGUGUUCUUUCAUCAUCAUUUGUUCCACUUAAUUGAUCCUGUUCGGUUCCCCCUACAAAAAGGUUUCUUGGCAUUGGUCUAAAAUCAUCCAGGCCGAUAUCAAAUAGUUGAGUGUCCUUCUGUUCGUCCAUUUCAUUUCUUGGAGGGUGACUUCUAGUAAAGGUUCGAACCAUUU